AUGACUAAAAAUUCACCUAAUGUACGUAGAAUAAUAUCAGUCCAAAAACCACCACAAAGUCUGACACAGAGCGAUGACAUUAAUGAAUUGAUAGAGUUAGACAUGACAAAUUCAUUCAAUUCUUCAAACCCUCCGCUGAAUGCUAUUACUCCUAUAAACGCGCAAAAUAUUUCUUUUCAUGGUAUGUCGACGGGAGGUUCUAAUAAUGAUUUGAUGGUUGUAUGGGGUGGUGAAACAGUAAAUUCCACGGGUUCCAUUUUAUUAUUAUAUUUUGACACAAAAAAUCAACAAAUGAAUCCUCAAAAUCUUUCGAAUCCGCCUUCUGGAAGAAUCGGACAUUCAAUGGUUGCUAGUGUCAAUGAUUCUAUGGUCUAUAUAUUUGGUGGAUAUGACGGUACAUCUGAUGAGCUGCUAGGUCAACCAUCACAAACAGGUAGUUUUCAUAACGAGUUGUAUAAAUUGGAUACAAGGAGCAGCAACAUCAAUUUUAUAGUUAUACCUAGUCAGUCGAGCACAUCACCACAAAGGAGAGCACAACAUUCGGCUACAAUUCUGAGCAAUGGAAAAAUUUAUAUAAUUGGUGGUCUAACUUUUAAUGAUACUAUUGGACAGUUAGGUUUAGUUCCGAUGUCUGAUAUUGAUAUUUUUGAUACCAUAAGUAACAAUUUAACUUUGCAAAAGUAUCAGGAUAUUGCUGUAUUAGAUACAUUUAAUGAUAAUUUAUCUUGGACCAAUCCCACAACACACGGAGAUUCACCCUCAGCUCGUUAUUCACAUACUUUUACUAUAGUAGGAAACAAUGCUAUUGUUGCAUAUGACGUAACAAACUAUACUUGGAAAACUCAGUACAAUCCUCAAAAUCUUCCACCAAACCCGGGUAAUUCCAACACGAAUUCUAGUAGUAAAUCUAAUACCAAUAUUCCUGCCAUUAUAGGCGGAAUAAUUGGUGCGAUAGCAUUGGCAGUUAUAAUCGCAAUAAUAUUAGUUUGCUUCAUUAGAAGAAAAAAAAAUUCUACGUUUAUAUCAACACCAUAUGAUAAAACUCCAGCAGCGGCACCACCGAUUAUGGGUCCUGCACCUGUAAACGAUGAUUUACCACCAGCUAUACCACCAUUGGAAAGUUUUCAAAAAGAUGGGAGUCUUGGCAGUGAUACUCGAGUUCUUAAUUCAGCAGAUCAACGUUCCUCUUUUAAUAGUUCACAUAGUAACUUAUCUAAUAAUCGAUUAUACGAUGAACAGUUGGAUACUGGAUAUCAAGUUGGUGAAUAUCCGCCUCAUUCAGGCAUUGUUUCAGAUAAACUACUUCCAUUAUUGACUCAAUUUGGAGAUAAUAAUUCACAGCAAUCAUUAUCUAUACAAACAUAUGCACCAGAAAAUUAUCAAACAUAUCCAUCAGAAAAUUAUCAAACACAAACAUAUCCACCAGAAAGUUAUCAAGCACAAACGUAUCCACCAGAAAGUUAUCAAGCACAAACGUAUCCACCAGAAAAUUAUCCAACAACUAAAACGCCAUUAACAAUAAAUACUGGUAGAACACAAGAGUAUACACCACGAAAUGAAUUUUAUAAUACACAAGGACAAUCAUAUCAACCACCUUCGCACUCAUCAUCUCAAGAAAACUUAUCAUAUGUAUAUCGCCCUGAUGAUAGAUCAUCACCAACACAAGAGACACCAGAAAGUGACAGCAAUGAAGGCUUUGGGUUUAAAAGUCCAUUAUUUAGAACUGAAUCAUUAUCACCGCUAGCGGGUAUGGCAACAACAAUACCAACUGAUUCUAGACCACUUAGUUUAAGAAGUGCAGCUAGGAUGAGCCAACCUUUAGGUGUACAACCUAGCAGACUUAGAAAUGAAAAUCCUGAAAGUUUAGAUAGUGGUAAUGAAACGAGGUAA